AUGAGAUGCUUCAUGGAGCACUAUAGUUUCCUGGAAAGUGACACAUCAAUUCAUCUCCACAAUCUGAGAAUGAAACACAAUGCCCCUUGCCAUCUGUUGGCAACAUAUAGUUCUGUCUCUAAGAACUACCAACAUGUCGUGGCCUUGGCUUUUGCUGUGAAGGAGAUCAAUGAGAACCCCCACUUCUUACCCAAUAUCUCCCUGGGCUUCCACAUCCUCAAUAGCUACUACACAGCCAAAAUGACCUUCAAGGCCACCCUCAACCUGCUUUCCACACAACUUCACUUAGUUCCCAACUACAAGUGCAAUGACCAGAACAUUCUGAUAGAUGUCAUUGGAGGAUGCCUCUCAGAAAUCUCUGCCAAUAUGGCCAUCCUUUCAUCAAUCUGGAAGACUCCACGGCUCCAUUACCUUCUAAGAAGCAUCUCAUUCAAUAACAUUGCUGGAGACACUGUGCACUUUAAUGAAAAUGGAGAGUUGGUUGCAGAGUUUGAUGUUACCAACUGGCUGAUGUUCCCCAAUGGCUCCAUGGCUAGAGUGAAGGUUGGAAGGCUGGACCCCCAGGCUCCUGCAGGCCAAGAGUUAACGAUUGAUGCUGACCAAAUCACAUGCCAUCCAAGCUUUAAUCAGCCAGGUGACCUUGUUAUCGGAGGGAUAGUUUCUCAAGUCUAUUCCCUUUAUAAUCACCUCACUUUCAUGGAACAGCCUGCACAGGCAUUGCUUAGUGAUCCCAUUUCUGUGCCUAAGAACUACCAGCAUGUCCUGGCCUUGGCUUUUGCUGUGAACGAGAUCAGUGAGAACCCCCACAUCUUACCCAAUAUCUCCCUGGGCUUCCACAUCCUCAAUAGCUACUACACAGCCAAGAUGACCUUCAAGGCCACCCUCAACCUGCUUUCUACACAACACAGGCUUCUCCCCAACUACAAGUGCCAUGACCAGACUGUUCUGAUAGCUAUCAUUGGGGGAUGCCUUUCUGAAAUCUCUGCCAAUGUGGCCAUCCUUUCAUCAAUCUGGAAGACUCCACAGAUCACCUAUGGAUCAUUUCUGCCAGGGCAAGGGGGCAAAGACCAAUUUCCAUUUUUGUACCAGAUGGUCCCAAAUGAAGCCCAACAGUACAAGGGAGUUGUGCGGCUACUUCAGCAUUUCAGGUGGACUUGGAUUGGGCUUUGUGCUGUGGAUGAUGACAAAGGGCAAAGGUUCCUGCAGACAAUGGUGCCAAUGCUUGCCCGGAAUCUCAUCUGUGAUGCCUUCAUACUGAGAAUACCAAAGUGUGAUUAUGUCGACCAGCUGAUAGAAGUGAUGUUGCAGCACUGGAAAAGCUACAAUACUGUCAUUGAGAGCAAAGCCAAUGUAGUCUUUGUAUAUGGAGAAGCUCCCUCAUUUCAGAUGUUGAGUAUGUUGCUGUUUCUAGCACCCUUCUUGGAUUUGCCACCACUGGGGAAAGUGUGGAUUGUUACUUCCCACUGGGAUUUUGCAUCACAUUCACUUCAAAAGAUGUGGGAUAUGCAGACCUUCCAUGGUUCCAUAUCCUUCUCUGUUCACUCUAAUCAGCCAUUAGGAUUCCAAAGGUUUACUCAGACGGUUAGACCUUUGUGGGCAAAAGAAGAUGGCUUUAUCCAGGACUUCUGGGAACAGUCAUUCAGCUGUUUACUAAAACUGUCUGAUGGGAGGCAGAAGGACAAGGUGACUUGUUCAGGGGAUGAGAAGCUGGAGAGCCUUCCCGGAUCUUUCUUUGAAAUUAAGAUGACUGGCCAUAGCUAUAAUGUUUACAAUGCUGUCUAUACUGUUGCACAAGCUUUGCAUGCCAUAUAUGAGACCAGCUCAAAGCACAGAAGACUGGCAGAAAGAGAGAGUCCUGCACAUCAGAAUGUGCAACCAUGGCAGCUCCAUCAAUUUCUUAGCAGCAUCUCAUUCAAUAACAAUGUUGGAGACACUGUGCAUUUUAAUGAAAAAGGAGAGUUGGUUGCAGAGUUUGAUGUUACCAACUGGCUGAUGUUCCCCAAUGGCUCAGUGGGUAGAGUAAAAGUUGGAAGCCUGGACCCCCAAGCUCCUGCAGGAGAGGAAUUAACCAUUGACAAUGAGCAAAUCAGUUGGCAUACAAUCUUUAAUCAGGUGAUGCCCAUUUCCAUGUGCAAUGACCACUGCUAUCCAGGCUCCAGCAGGAAAAAGAAGGAGCAAGAGAAAUUUUGCUGCCAUGACUGUGCUCCAUGUCCAGAAGGCAUGAUCUCUCACCUGAAAGAUAUGAAUGCUUGCAUCAAAUGUCUAGAUGCUCAAUACCCCAACAAGGAACAAGCACAAUGUCUUCCCAAGAGUCUAAGCUACCUCUCUUACACGGAAGCUCUAGGCUUCUUCUUGGCCAGCUUGGCUAUUUUGUUCUCUUUCAUCACAAUUUUGGUGCUUGGCACUUUUCUCAAGCACAAGGACACCCCCAUAGUCAAAGCCAACAACCGAAGCAUCACCUACAUCCUCCUCACCUCCCUCCUUCUCUGCUUCCUCUCCACUUUGCUCUUCAUCGGGCAGCCUGGAAAGGGGACCUGCCUCCUGAGACAAACGGUUUUCAGCACUGUCUUCUCCAUGGCCCUUUCCAGCAUCUUGGCCAAAACCAUCACUGUGCUUCUGGCAUUCAUGGCUACAAAGCCAGGGUCCAGCAUGAGGAAAAGGAUGGGGAAAGGACUAGCCAAUUCAAUUGCCCUUGCUGGAUCCUUGAUUCAAGCAGCCAUUUGUACACUUUGGCUAUGCACCAGCCCUCCAUUUCCAGAUGUGGACCUGCUUUCACUGGAGGACAAAAUCAUUCUGGAGUGCAAUGAGGGCUCUGCUCCCAUGUUUUAUUGUGUCUUGUGUUACUUGGGAUCCCUGGCUAUAGUCAGCUUCUCUGUGGCUUUCCUAGCCAGGAAAUUGCCUGACGCCUUCAAUGAGGCCAAGUUCAUCACUUUCAGCAUGCUGGUCUUCUGCAGUGUAUGGUUGUCCUUUGUUCCAGCUUACCUGAGCACCAAAGGGAAGCAUGUGGUGGCCGUGGAAAUCUUUGCCAUCUUGUCAUCCAGUGCUGGGCUGCUGGGUUGCAUUUUUGGCCCUAAAUGCUAUAUGAUUCUGCUCAGGCCUGAGCUGAACCACAGGGAGCAUCUAAUAAGAAGGAAAAACUGA